UGAGGAGAUUGAAAAAGUCAUUGAUAUCCUUCAUCCAGUCUUUAAACACUUUCGACUUGGUUCAUCCUGAAAUUACAGACUUCCCGAGACUCACUACCUUAUCCGCACCACAAUGGAAGGCCUGGUCACUAUCAAGGCACAGUGCAUGUGUAAAGCACACACAUUCUCCGCUUCGCUGCCGAAAUCUGACUUGCCACUCAACGCAUCUUGCUGCCACUGCACAUCUUGUCGCCGACUUACUGGAUCCCUCUACAACCCUGCCGUUGAGUGGCCAAACGCUUUUGAAGACCUAUCUGCUCUGCGCAGGUAUGCGUUUUCUCAACACCUUGAUGUUUACUCGUGCAACACUUGUUCGUCACAACUCUUCGCCCGUGGCCACAAUCCCAGUAUCGCUCCAUACGUCACGACGGGUGCUUUGGAGAACAUUCCUGACCUUGUCAAAUAUGACAAUCACAUGUUCAUCGGCGACACUAUUGAUGGCGGCCUUGCGCCAUGGCUUCCGAAAGAAGAGGAUGGUCACCCGGUUCAGCGCUGGAUAGGGCAUCGCAACAGCGAAGAAGUUCCAUUCGACUGGCCGGUCACCAAGUCUGCCUCUGCCUCUAAGCUGAAUACUGGCCCCUCCCCAUCCUCGACGCCAUUUCACUGUCACUGUAAGGGUGUUCGGCUAUCACUGCGAAGCGCCGCCGACUUGGAGGUCGACCCGGCCAAGGAAUCGACUUCGACGUGCGUGGAUCCGAAGACACUCAAGUUCAAAGCAUGCUGCGACUCGUGCAACUCUUGUCGCCAACAUUUUGGGUCAGACAUAAUUGCUUGGACAUUUGCUCCUCUCACGCACAUCAAUUUCAGCUCUGAACCCGAGUCGGAACCGUCCCAAUUCCCGCAGUCAAUUGUCGAACUCAAAGAAGCAGUUCUAUCCAAGACCAAAGACCCACGCCUUGGGACGUUGGCGGUUUACAACAGCUCUCCCGAGGUAGAGCGAUAUUCAUGUUCAGUAUGCUCAGCCAGCAUCUUCUACGCUGUCUAUGACCGCGAAGACAUGGUUGAUAUCGCGGUCGGUUUGUUAGAUCAUCCGGAUGGUGCACGUGCUGAAGCAUUGUUGGCUUGGAAUUAUGGGCUGCUUGGGUGGGCGAAGGAUGCAGCAGGCGGAUGGCGAGAACAACUAGUCGCGACGACGAAGGACUCCAUGAAAGAGUGGGCCCAAUGCAUGAACGAAAAUCAGAAUAUCGUCGACUAAGGGGCAGCUCGAACCCACCUGGAGGGAGUUGAGAGCACUCAAGAGUCGAAUAAAAAAGAGUAAAAGACUGGCCUUGCUUUUGCGAAGCUUCAAGGAUAGCUUCACAAGAGAUCUAAACAAUCGUCAGCGUCGAUGGUUUAGUGGUAAAAUUCUCCGUUGCCAUCCAGCAGCGUCGGGGAGCCGGGGGUUCGAUUCCCCCUCGACGCAAUGUUUUGCUUUUGGAGUCCU